AUGGAGGCCGAUGGUUAUAUCACCAAAACGUCUGAACCAACUGAAUGGGUCAGUUCCAUGGUAGUCUCGGUACGAGUUGACAAAAUCCGCAUCUGCAUUGACCCGAAAGACCUUGAUAAGGCGAUAAAAAGAGAACAUCAUCCAAUGAGAAAAAUUGAUGACGUCAUACCGAACAUUCCGGGUUCAACUGUGUUUUCCGUAUUAGACGCGAAAUCUGGGUUCUUACAGAUUAAGCUAGAUGAUGCAUCAUCUAACAUCUCAACCUUCAACACACAAAUAGGAAGAUAUAUGUGGCUCCGGCAUCCCUCGGUCGGUAUAAAAUCCGCCCCGGAAAUAUACCAGAAGAUAAUGGAUGAAACAUUAGAAGGCAUUGACAACGCUUACGUGAUAUUCUUCGACAUCCUGAUAGCAGAACGUGACAUCGCGCACCAUAAUCAAAUACUAAAGCAGGUUGUUGAACUCGCGACAUGUUACAACCUUAAACUGAACAAAAGUAUUGAAUCCGACAACCGAAGGAUUCGUACAUGGGUCAUGUGA